AUGUACACGGAUAAAGUGGAGAACCUGAACACCGACAACGUCAUCCUCACGAUGAACUGCGCUGACAAGUAUGAUUUUGCGCCGUUGGUCCGGGUUUGUCUGGAGAUGAUCCACAGCCAGCUGAGCGCCGCCAACUGUUUGCCCGUCCUGGAACAGGCACUCCAUUGGCAUGCGGGCGCUGUCGCGGAGAAGUGCUUUAGUUUGUUGGAUAAGGAAAGCAGCGCGGUCCUGAAGUCGAAAGAGUUCACGGCGAUCAGUCAGGGUACGCUGCAGGUUAUUCUGCAGCGUAAUACGCUGUCUGUUGUGGAACAUGCCAUUUACUUGGCUGUUGAACGAUGGGCUACCGAAGCCUGCCGUCGCAACGACUUGGAGCCGUCCGCUGUCCAUCGUCGCCAAAUGCUGGGAGAUGCCUUGUACCUGGUUCGGUUUCCGUUGCUGAGUGGUGCGGAGCUGGCUGACGGUCCGGCCAAGAGCGGCCUGCUGACCGAGUCCGAGCUUCUGAACAUCUUCCUGUACCAGAAUGCCGCGGUGAAACCCUCACUGCCAUUUCCCACGGAAUGUCGUGAAAAUCAAAAUGGCCUGGUAUCAACCGAUUUUCAAGUGGGCGAUGAAGUGUUCGUUAAGCGCGUAAUUUCCCGAACCUGUUAUGGUAACGGUGAAAUUCUGUCCACGGCGUACGGCUGGAAGUCAGCCGUCAUUACUGGCAUGCGUCAAUCGAAAUUGGCAUUUACGUGGCGCAAAAGUGGCCGGGAAGGCAUCGCAGCGCCAAAAGAUGUCAUCCGCGUCGAGGAUGUUACGAUCAGCGAUGAGUCUUUGCAAGAAAACAAACGGUUCAAAGGAUACAAACCUGGCAAAGGGAUGUAUUUCUACGUCUAUAAUGAAGAUAAUGAUUAG